CUGCCGCUCAUCGUCGGCCUCGCCACCACCCUGGGCUCGAUCGCCCUCCUCGCCAUCUUCUUCGCCGUCGUCUACUUUCUCUUCUACACCAGACGCGGCCGCAUCCUCCUCCAUCGCGGCCGGCCAGGCGAGUACGAUGACGAGCAGUCGUUCCUGCGCGAGGAGGAAGAGGGGCUGCAGCAGAUGGAUGACAUCGCGCGGGCGUCGUAUUUCCAGGCGCGCGCCUUCGUCGAGGUCAACCCGCCAGACAGCGUGCCGACCGACAUCUCGCUCUCGCAGUUCAUGGCGAUCCAAGAGAAGGGCGUCUCGGCGUGGGAGUUUGAGCCCGACUUUGAGAACGCAAACUGCUUCGUCGAGGCCCGCACAGAGAUCGCCUUCUACGACUCUGAGUGCUGCGUUAUGACUAACCUCCCCGUGCCCAAGCAGAACGACGUCUACUACUGGGAGGCCAAGCUCUACGAUAAGCCCGAGCAGACUUUGGUGGCUAUCGGACUAUGCACAAAGCCGUACCCUACCUUCAGGAUGCCGGGAUACCACCGGUACAGUGUGGCGUACAACUCGCUCGGCGAGCGCAGAAACAACCAGCCUUUCCACGGCGUGCCCUACGGCCCGCUGCUCCAGCAGGGCGAUGUCAUUGGCGUCGGCUUCAAACCCCGGACGGGAACUGUGUUUUUCACCCGCAACGGAAAGAAGCUCGAAGAUGCAGCGCACGGCAUGAAACUCAACCUCUUCCCCACGAUCGGCGCGAACGGGCCCUGCACAGUGCACGUCAACUUUGGCCAGGCCGGAUUCGUGUUUAUCGAGGCGAAUGUCAAAAAAUGGGGUCUCGCGCCGGUGACGGGAUCGCUGGCGCCGCCGCCACCGUACGGUGCGGAGCAAGGGUCGGUCUUGCUCGAGAUCGGCCGG